AUGCCGUUGUCAUACAACAAGUUAGACCCCAGUGCCAAACAAAUUCGUCUUUUGACUAUCUUUCCGGAUGAGAAUGACGAGAACCUUGUUCGAGCAUCUCUCCACACCGCGUCUCUCAAUGAUGCCUGCGACUUCGAAGCCCUGUCCUACGUAUGGGGCGACACUUCUGUGACCGUUGACAUCUCGGUUGAUGACUGUAUAGUCGGUGUAACAGCGAAUCUGCAUGCUUUCUUGUGGGGACUUCGCCAGCCUAAUUCAGAACGCAUGGUGUGGGUUGAUUAUGUCUGCAUCAAUCAGAACGAUAUCUCGGAGCGGAACUCGCAGGUUGUCUUGAUGUAUCAAAUAUAUUCAACUGCCAGGUCGGUGGUUGCUUGGUUGGGAGAUCUGGAGCCGGAAGCACUGGAGCUCAUCGAGUGGUAUCAUGCCAACCAGAAGGGGUUUUACUUCGAAAGCACCGGUCUUGAUCUUUUCGAAGCUAUAGUAGUGCUCUUGGUAUCUGCUAAAGCACUGUGUGCCGCGCAGUAUUGGCAUCGGCUAUGGACAUUCCAAGAGUGGCAUCUCUCAAGAAAUGCCGUUGGAACAUCUUCAAGCAAUUGA